GUGAUGCGCCUAGCCUAUUCACACACGUGAAGGUCAGGAACUGUAGUCAAUUGUUUACAAUUAUCUAAUAAUUGUACAUUUCUCUCUAAUUUAUAAGCGAUUUGUGCAUGAACAUGGAAAACCAAGGAGCAACAGCAGACCCUCAGCUUCAGCAAUUCAUCGAAAUCGAGUCCCAAAAACAAAGGUUUCAGCAGUUAGUCCAUCAGAUGACUGAAGUGUGUUGGGAGAAAUGCAUGGAUAAACCUGGGCCCAAGCUGGACUCCCGGACAGAGAUCUGCUUUGUGAACUGUGUAGAGCGUUUCAUUGACACGAGCCAAUUCAUCCUGAACAGACUCGAACAAACACAGAGGAGUAAGGGCUCCUUCUCAGAAUCCAUGUCUGAAUAGUCUAGCAACAACCUCCACUGGAUAGACUGACAAGAGAAGACACUGAACAGCCAAUCAAGAUGUUUUACAGCAAUGACAGCUUUCUAUAUGGUGCAAUGAGAACACUGUCCAAUAACCAGGGUGGGGAAGAAACAAGUCGUUUUGAUAAGUGCCUCGGUUUUGCACCUUGUAUCAUGUCACAUAGCCAAGUCUUGGCCAAUUUCUCUCACCUAGUGGGACACGAGAUUAAGUGCAGUAAUGUCAAUUCUGGUUGGUCGCUAGCUAAUGUCUUCAUAUUGAUGUUUCUUAAACUGUGUAGUAAAUUGAAUUAGAGCCUGUUGCAUGUCAAUCAUAACAAACUGAGAUGGGAGAUCUUCAUUAGUAUGCUUUAAUAACAAUCUUACCCAGCUGUUGAGGUUGUGUCCUGGGGCAGAGGAAAAGGGCCUAAAAUCUGGGACAUUCAAUUUGCCACCGCCUCGGAAAGCCACUGGAACUCACUGCAUUGAGUAACAAGUCAGAGUACGAACAAUGUCUUGUUGGGAAAAGGGCACGAUCUAUGGCUGAAAUAAGUGUUCAAUUGUAUAUAUGCAAUAAACAAAUGUUAUAUUG